CAUGCCUCCUUCUCUCUUCGCAGGGGCUUUGGGAAGCAAGGAUUCCAGUGCCAAGUCUGCUGUUUUGUCGUGCACAAGCGGUGCCAUGAAUUUGUCACUUUCUCCUGCCCAGGCGCUGACAAGGGCCCAGCCUCCGAUGACCCCCGGAGCAAACACAAGUUCAAGAUCCACACAUACUCCAGCCCCACGUUUUGUGACCACUGUGGGUCACUGCUGUACGGACUCAUCCACCAGGGGAUGAAAUGUGACACCUGCAUGAUGAACGUCCACAAGCGCUGCGUGAUGAACGUCCCCAGCCUCUGCGGCACGGACCACACGGAGCGCCGCGGGCGCAUCUACAUCCAGGCCCACAUCGAGAGGGAAGUCCUCAUCGUUGUCGUAAGAGAUGCUAAAAACCUUGUACCUAUGGACCCCAAUGGCUUGUCAGAUCCCUACGUGAAACUGAAACUGAUUCCUGACCCCAAAAGUGAGAGCAAGCAGAAGACCAAAACCAUCAAGUGCUCCCUCAACCCUGAGUGGAAUGAGACGUUUAGAUUCCAGCUGAAAGAAUCGGACAAAGACAGGAGACUCUCUGUAGAGAUUUGGGAUUGGGAUCUGACCAGCAGGAAUGACUUCAUGGGAUCUUUAUCAUUUGGGAUUUCUGAAUUGCAGAAAGCUGGUGUUGAUGGCUGGUUCAAGUUGCUGAGCCAGGAGGAGGGCGAGUACUUCAAUGUGCCGGUGCCUCCGGAAGGAAGCGAGGGCAGUGAAGAGCUGCGGCAGAAAUUUGAGAGGGCCAAGAUCAGUCAGGGGACCAAGACCCCAGAAGAAAAGACGACCAACACCAUAUCCAAAUUUGACAACAAUGGGAACAGGGACCGGAUGAAACUGACUGAUUUUAACUUCCUGAUGGUGCUGGGGAAAGGCAGCUUUGGCAAGGUCAUGCUUUCAGAGCGAAAAGGCACAGAUGAGCUCUACGCCGUGAAGAUCCUCAAGAAGGAUGUCGUGAUCCAAGAUGAUGACGUGGAAUGCACGAUGGUGGAGAAGCGCGUGUUGGCCCUGCCCGGGAAGCCGCCCUUCCUGACCCAGCUGCACUCCUGCUUCCAGACCAUGGACCGCCUGUACUUUGUGAUGGAGUACGUGAACGGGGGUGACCUCAUGUACCACAUCCAACAAGUUGGCCGGUUUAAGGAGCCUCACGCUGUAUUUUACGCUGCAGAAAUUGCCAUCGGUCUCUUCUUCUUACAGAGCAAGGGCAUCAUUUACCGUGACCUAAAACUUGACAACGUGAUGCUAGAUUCAGAGGGCCACAUCAAGAUCGCCGAUUUUGGCAUGUGUAAGGAAAACAUCUGGGACGGGGCAACAACCAAGACAUUCUGCGGCACUCCAGACUACAUCGCCCCUGAGAUAAUUGCUUAUCAGCCCUAUGGGAAGUCCGUGGAUUGGUGGGCAUUCGGAGUGUUGCUGUAUGAAAUGUUGGCCGGGCAGGCGCCCUUUGAAGGGGAGGAUGAGGAUGAACUCUUCCAGUCCAUCAUGGAGCACAAUGUAGCUUAUCCAAAGUCCAUGUCCAAGGAAGCUGUGGCCAUCUGCAAAGGACUGAUGACCAAACACCCGGGCAAACGUCUGGGUUGUGGCCCUGAAGGCGAACGUGACAUCAAAGAGCAUGCAUUUUUCCGGUAUAUUGAUUGGGAGAAACUUGAACGCAAAGAGAUUCAGCCCCCGUAUAAGCCAAAAGCAUGUGGGCGAAAUGCUGAAAACUUCGACCGAUUUUUCACCCGCCAUCCACCAGUCCUAACUCCUCCUGACCAGGAAGUCAUCAGGAAUAUUGACCAAUCAGAAUUCGAAGGAUUUUCCUUUGUUAACUCUGAAUUUUUAAAACCUGAAGUCAAGAGCUAAGUAGAUGUGUAGAUCUCCGUCCUUCAUUUCUGUCAUUCAAGCUCAACGGCUAUUGUGGUGACAUUUUCUUUCAUUGCAAAGUUGCAUCCAUGUUUUUAUUUGCUGAUGAGUCUAGAGUGACCAUGUUUCAGAGCCCAAAUGUCCUCAGGUAGUUUGGAGCAUCUCUGUGAGAUGGGAUUAUGCAGAUGGUGUGUCGAAAUGCUGCUGCAUAAUUAACACAUUAUCAAAGUCCUCUUACAAUUUAUUUUUUCCAGCAUGUCAGCUAAGUAGAUCCAGUGGGGACAGAAAAUGCCUGCUUUCUCUCCCUUUUAUUCUGCACUGCUGUUUUCACACAUUCUCCAACUUCAACCAUCCAAUCUAGAUUUUUCCUACCAAAUGAGUGGAUAAUCGGAUGCUGGCAGUAUUCUUCCACUUCUGGACCUGGAGCUUGGCUUGUAUCCAAGUAUAUGGUUGCUUUGAUUUAGAGGGAAUUCCUCCGUUCUGCUCAUUGGAGACACCAUGAGCUUUGAAAAGAACAUGCUAAAAAUAAAAUUUUAUUUGUUAUUUUUUUUAAACUCAAAGUUAAGAAGAUUACCUAAGCCCUUUGAAAAUUCUAAGAGUGUGCUUUUAGACAGUUUCCAUCUAAAAGCACCUCAAAGGUCAAAAGGCAACCAACUUGGGUGCUACCUCAGGGCUGUAAUUUCUGAUACUGUAUGUUCCCCAUCAGCUUCACGCCCAAACUACUUGAAAAGGGCAUUUGGCACCGCUCCCUGAAAAGACAUGGUCACUCCAGCAAGGUCCCACCGGGCCACGGUUUUACAUUACAUUUCAAACUUUAUUUGCUUUGGGGUUUUAUUUCUGUUGUUGUUCAAAUGCAAAAAAAAAAAAAAAUUUACUCAUUUUGUUACACAUGCUUUGAGAUAUGUGUCCAAAUGUUAUUAACCACAGUGACCUGCUUUGAUUUACCGAGAAGACGGCUCUGGAGCCUGGCAGACCCGUGCCCGUGUGGGUGGGAUUUGUCUAGGUUUGUUGCUGGCUUUGGAAAGCUAAUUACUUGCUCUGAGAAAGACACCAUUUCUUGACACAUAGACGGUUGUAUUCUUCACUUUGAUGUUGUUUUGUAAGAUGUAUGUGGAAGUGCUCAUUUGUAUCUGGAUAUCUAUGUGCCAUUUUUCUUCUAGCAUCGAGAUACAAUAA